AUGUACUACCGAAACGCCAAUUGUGCUGUUGUGGUAUACGACAUAACCCAAACCGCCUCUCUCGAGAAAGCACGGAACUGGAUUCGUGAACUCCAACGUCAAGCAGAUCCUUCCAUAGUCAUUGCACUCUGCGGCAACAAAUCUGAUCUGGCUGCCAGACGACAGGUCACAGAGGAGGAAGCCAAGAAGUACGCAGAGGAAGAGGGGUUAAUGUGGGGAGAGACGAGUGCGAAAACGGGUGAAGGUGUGAAUGAUAUAUUCACCGAUAUAGCCAAGAAACUUCCUCUUACUGCACCACCACCAAGAGCAGGUGCAGCACGAGGUGCCCCCGCAAAGAGUGGAGGAGUGGAUUUGAACAAGAAUACCUCAGCGCAAGGCCAAGGCGACGCGUGCAACUGCUGA